AGUCCCAAGUUUACACAUCUUAAUAGUGUCGGCUUGGUUACUGCAAAUCUGGUGAGACGAAGAAGAAGAAGGAGAAAGGGGAGCAAUGACAAUGAUGAGAUCUUUCUCGAUGGCAAUGUUGUUCUUCACACUAGUUUCAUCCAUCUCUAUGGUUUCAUCAUCUCCAGAAGCCGAGUUUGUUAAGAAGACCAUCUCUUCCCACAAGAUCGUCAUCUUCUCCAAAUCCUCCUGCCCAUAUUGCAGGAGAGCCAAAUCUGUGUUCGGUGAGCUGGAUCAGGUUCCUCAUGUUGUGGAGCUCGACGAAAGAGAAGAUGGGUGGAACGUUCAGAGUGCACUUGGAGAGAUUGUUGGAAGGCGAACAGUACCACAGGUUUUCAUUAACGGAAAGCACAUCGGAGGAUCAGACGAUACUGUAGAAGCGCAUGAGAGCGGUGAACUGGCCAAGCUUCUCGGUGUUUCCACCAAAGCUGAACUCUAGGUUCAAUGUAGUCCAAAGAUUUUGAUAAAACACUAUCUCUGUGAUACUCAGGUGUACUAAGCAUUUCAGUUUCCAGUUGUAUGAGACUUGUAAUGGGUUCUGAGGAUUGGAUUAUAAAAACGUCUUCUCAUAGCUUUGUCAAACGAUAUUAAAGGCUACAAGUUGGAUUGGCGAUUCA